CGUCCCCUUCCUUCGUUCCUGGCAAGCGUGGUGCGGCAGCCGUAGCUGAUCUCAACGUGCGACGUCGGAGUUGCGAACCGGAUCGAGGAAUGUCAUACUAGCUCGCUAGCGAAAGAAAGCUGCCUAUGUUGCCAGAACACUCAAGCGUCGCCGCGGAUGUGGUGAGCUAAGACCACAACGUUGAUAACUGACUUCGUUGUACCUUUGGGUGCCAGGCAUUGUGGUUGAGCGAGAGGAAAGACGCGCUUGCGGACCGUGGGGAAGUACAGGUUUACGAGCAUGCAUCGGUGUGCCUCGACGCCAUCGAGCAGGCUAUACCAAGGCAGCCGAGAGAGGUCACGGUUUACCUUUCGGCGACCAUUGCCUCCCUGCUUUUGGAGCUCGAGGAGUGGACGGGUGGGAGUGACACUCGUCUGCAAGGUCUGGCGCUUUUGGUGGGGCUCUUCUUGCGGCACGUCCCUCUGACAGCAACACCAUCUUUGGCUGCCACGGAAGGCUCGCUGUUUGAGGCAAUGGAGAAGGUCAGGAGCAAGCAAGAGGGAGCGAGGGAGAAAACUAUCCUGCUGGGAGUCCUCACGCGGCUGCUGGAGUGCCUCGCGGCUAUGUACGACGUGCUACACGCGCAUGGAAGUCACAAUCAGCCACGCGCGGGACCCCUGAAAACGCUGCUGUCGGUGCUUUUUGAGGCGGGUGAAGAAUCUCGAGUGGCUGCGUUGAAGUGCGUGGUCGCGCUCUGCCGCUUCGAGCAACAGUCUGGGCACGAGCUUGCAGGCUUCACGCCGCACCUGGGCAGUCUAGUCUUCAGUGACAGAACUCAGUCGGAUCCAGUGACGAAACGAACGGCAAUUCGGCUUCUCCGUUCGCUGCUCCCAUUCAUUCCUGUGAAGACCUUCCGAGAAGUAGUCGACGAUGUGAUCAUCCGCAUGGCGAAAGGGGUCGCCGGAGCUACCAGUGAGGCAGCAAACGGCCUGCGGCUUAUUACCGAAUAUCUAGCGCCGCAGGAGAGCGAUCCCAGCCCCUUCGCAUCAUCGCGCGUGGAAGCAGAUGAUCUCUUUUUCUUCGCAAACAGGCUAGCCGUGGAGCGAGAUUCUUUGAACCUCAAAGACAUCGGAAUAUCCUCUGCUUUCAUCGAAGUCAGCGGAAACGUGAUUGCAGCGAUGUGUGAGCAGGGUGCGCAGCAGAUCACGCAAGACAGAUCACGCCACGAUUUAUUGAUUCAAAUUGAUGAUCUGCCGCCUUGUGAAUCGGAUCAGGUCGGACGACGAAUGAUCUCUUGUAUGACUGGUGGUCCUUUUCAAAAAGGCGGCUUGAAGAAGGAGAGCCGUUGCUGACCUACACCAUCACAAAAGCCAUGGUACAUUUGCUAUUCCACUGAAGGCAUCAGAAUUUACUUCAUGUGUAACCCCAGGGAAAAGUGGUUAGCUGUGCAGUUGCACACGAUGUCGAGGACUUUCCUCGUCUUGUCAAGGAAUGCAGGUGAGGUGUAUUGCCUUAAUAUUCUGCCUUUUGAAUCUUCAAGCCCUCCCCUGAUGGUCUGGUCUUUCCACAGGUCUUUGUUAGAGUAUCGUUUGAAAGGUGUGUGGCCGUCGGUAUUCCCCGUGAUCACGGAACUCUUCACGGCAAUCGAGCAACGCGGGCUAGAGUUCCUGCUGCAGCAGUACAGCCAGAGGCAGGCAGCUAUGAUUGACAAGGAAGACGAUGAGCUGACCGACCAAGUCAUUGAGGAUUUCCGCUCUUUCUGCCGAUUGCGGCUCCAUCCGUGCCGUGGACUGCUAGAAGACUUGGCAAGCAUCAUGAAACGGGCAGUGGAGCCAUUGGACCAUUCAGCGACUCUUGCAACCUCGUCCCGGUAUUAAUCAGAAAUGUUUACGUUGACGGAUUGCGGACAAGUUUGUUUCGAAUUUUUCCGCAGCCGGGGUGUGGAAGAUGCCUUGGGCGCCGCAGCGGUCGCAUUUUCGGCAGCUCUACCAGAAGUUCUGAAGCUGCCCUUCUUCGAGCUACGUCUCGACAGCGUGCCCAUCACUGAUCCAGAAUUCUCCACCAAGGCAAACUCCUGGCUGUUGCCUGUUCUCAAGCGGGCGGUCAAGCGAACCUCGCUAGUUUAUUUCCAGAACGAACUCCUCCCAUUGGUUCGUUAGAAAAGAACAGGAGCCACGAACAAGAGAAACUUUUCCUCUUCUCCCAGGCUUGUCAACUCCAGCAGCAUGCUUCAAAGCUCCAGAAUGAACACAGUCAAGACAUCACAGCUGCGGCGUCUGCAAAGAAAUAUCAGCUGUUGGUGGGCAAAAGGGAUUGGUACCUUCAGCUGAAGUCUCCGUCUUUUUGUUUUUUCUCCCAGGCCGACCAGAUUUGGAGUUUGCUUCCCGCGUUCUUCACCGAACCAAUUGACCUGAGUGCCGUCUUCCCUGAUGCGCCUCAAUCGUCUCCUUUGGCGAACACGAUGCUGUCGUUUUUGGACACUCAGCCGUCGUUGCGCCAUUUAAUUUGCUCAGCACUCACGACGAUAUGCGAGCAGUCAAACCUAGAGCACGGCGCCUCCGGCACGGGCGGCGAGGCUGUUGUUCUUAAGACAAGCCAAAGCCUCAUCUGGCUUACGUCGAAGAGAAAUCACCGUUCCCUCCGGUGUUAUUCCGAGCGAUUCUUGCCUCUUCUGUUCACGACGCUGUUGAAGCAGGAGGCGGAAGUGGGAAGUCUGAAGGCUAUACAGGUGAAAACACUCUCGUACAUUUCCUCCAAAUGCUUUCAUGUGUACACAGGCCUUAGCGCACUUCUGUCCUGGCAAUGUACUCGAUUCCUACUUGAAGAACAUCUGCCGCAAGCUUCUGAAAGCGUCUUUGGCCGAGCCGGGAGGAGAUGGCCGUUCUCGAGAACCGCACAACGUCGUCGUCCUCGAGUCUGCGGGUGGAAUGGUGGCCCUUGCAGAGUUGGCGAAUGCUCUAGUCCCGGCUCUUCCUGCUGAGACACGUAGGUCACGGCACGGAGUUCAGCAGUCAGAAUGAGGGUCACUCGCCUUCUUGCUUCAGUACCCAUUCUUCUGCGAGUAAUGUGUCCUCUUCUCGUGAGCGAAGAGACGACAGUGGCCAAAGAAGGAGGAGGACGGAAAGGUUCGGUUCAGCUCAGUCGCCGUGCAUACAAAGCCGUACGGAGUGUGAUAGAGAGGGAAUUGAACGAAAGCCUCGACAAGAGUGCCUUCUUACCAAAGACACCUCUACACACAAUUGAGGGCUGCAAAAAGCUUUGGGAGGUAGGUCACGAGCUGUUGUCACACUUUCUUUCAUUUCGAAUUUGUUCGAACCUUCAAAUAUAAUAUCAGCAUUUGCAAAAGGCACGACAAGGAUGUGGCCCUGGCGCUCUAAAGGUAGUAGGACUGAUUGUCUCUUGGUCGUGUAUACCUUUUUUCUUCCUUUUUAAGUCUCGGCUGAGCUGCAUCAAGGUCUACUGUCGUCUGCUUUCGUUGCGACAAGGAUCUCAAGGAGUUUGGCGGUCACAUUUCCAUGAUGUCAGUGCAUGUCUCGUCCCUGAAACCCUGAUGUGUUGCAAAAGCACAAACCAGGUAGGAAAACACCUGUUUCGUUUGCUGACAAUGACGUACACUCACCUUCAUUCUCUCUUCUAAGGCUGUGCGGGCGGACGCAUUGGAGAUCCUUAGACUGCUAGCCGCGUCAUCUGGGGACGGUACUCUCACACGCCGUAGAAAUAAACUCUUGUCUUUCCUCAAGGCUUUUUCAACGUGACUUUGGCAGUGAGUGACAUCGUCGCGAUGAUUUCGGCCGGAUUGGCAAGCACCAGUUCACCGAUGAAAGCUGCAGCUGUACUCGCAUUGACGCAGCUCUUGCUCAGUCAUGGUAAAUGAAGCCUGCCACCGUCUCCUCGCAUCCGCUUCAUUUCCCUCUAGGUUUGGCGGAUACUGAACCAUUCCGGCGAGUCGUUCGAAUCGUGUUGCUUCUACUGGGGGAUGGCGACAAGUCGGUUUUUGAAGCAAGUUUGAGAUUCGCGAAGGUGAUUACGCAAGGUGUUAAGUUUUCUUGGGUGUGUCUCCCUUCCUUCUUUCUGUUAUUUCAGGCUUGUGUGAGGAUUUUGUCCCUGGAGGCCGUUACGGAAAACCUGCCUCUCAUACUAGAAAUGCUUAAUAACUCCCACGCAAUUCGAUGUACGCGCUAUAUGUGAUCUCAUCAUUUUGAUGCUUUUGCCGCCUUCUCCACAAAAUCAGACCGUAUUCUUCUUCACCGAGUUAUUGAGAAGAUGUUGAAGAGACUGGGUCCUGACUCGCUCGCAGCCGCUUUUCCUGCUGACAAAAAGGACCUCCUCUCGUAUUGCGAGAAAAGAAUGAGGCGAAGCAAACACGCUACGGCCCUGAAGCGUAAGAGGCGGGUCUUGGCGCACAUGCACGGAGGCGUUAGCGACGAAGCCGAGAGCGAUAGCGAAAGUGAAGAUAUCGGCCGACAAAAGGAUGCCGAUUUUCGUAUUGAAGAAGGCGUACCGAGUCUGCAGAACCUGCUUGACGACUUCGAAAUGGAAGACGGUCCGAGUCGCAAGGUCGGUGACGCAUUUCUGGUGUCGAGUCUUGUUUCAGUAUUUUGCUAUGGGUGUUGUCAGAGAUCCAGGGCAUCAGGAACCCUUCAGCUCCGGGAGGAGCUCGAUGACGAAACUAUCGACCUUUUCGCCACCAGCGGUACGAUCUUCAUGGCUGGUUCAUCAGUUUUGUAUGACUAGAUCGAUUCUUACCGCAGCAAAACAAGCCUCGAUCCGUCCAGAGUCUAGCAAGCAGCGGAAAACGGAAAAAAAGGUCUUAGAAGCCUUUGAGCCGCGCGGACAGAUUUUCGGAUCUUCCCGGGGACGUACGAUAUCCUCUAAAGAAACUGACGACCGGCAGCCAACGAAGAAGGGUCGAACAGGUCUGCAGAGCUACGCCUACAUGCGCAUUGGGAAGAAGUCGAGCCAAGGGCGCGGAGCAAAAAGAGUGAGUACCUUUCUCAGUUACACUCUCACAACGUGUGUCAUACUCGCAUGUGUCGUCUGCAGCACAUUGCCAAGACUCUCAGACUCUCUAGAAAAAAGGAAAGGAGACGCUGAAAGCACUUUAAUCCUGUACAAAGGAAAGGAGACGGAUGACAUUAUGAAAAGCGCGAUGGUCUGAAGUAGCACUAGCAAAAGC